CGUAUGACAUCAUUUUGCUGCCUGUAUGCCAUCAUGACCACUGGUUUCUAAUGGUUGGCUACCCAAAAUUGGAAACUCUGCUCAUUUUGGAUUCUCUGCCCAACAGACAAAGAGAAAAACAAUUUGCCAGACACUGGAGAUGCUUUAUGGAAACCCGAUUUCAAGCAGAGCCAUCAACUCCCUUAUCCUGGACCCUUAGCCCCAUUAAGUCCUCAGUUCAGAAAGAUGGACAUUCCUGUGGAGUUUUUGUGCUAAUGAAUUCAGCAGCCAUUUUAUCACACAUCUCCCCCCAAGUCAUGCGGCUGUGUCACAUCAAGGCCUACAGAGCUUAUGUGCGUGGGGAGCUGCUCACUAAUGGGAAAGCAGACAAAAGGAGCCUUGCGUGCGACCUUCCCUUCUGCGCAGCUAGCUACAGGAAACAGAUUCAGUGUAGUUCCUGCUUGAGAUGGUGCCACCAUGCCUGCCUUGGCAUCAAGGAGAAAGACAGUGUGGAAACCUGUAUCUAUUGUGCUUAGAACAUUCCAACUUGAGCUGUAGCAGAAUGACUUUAAAGAAAAGAUUGUGUAUCUAUUGUGGUUAGAACAUUCCAACUUGGGCUUGAGCAGAAUGACUUUCAAGAACAGAUUGGGGUCCUGUAUCUAUUGUGCUUAGAACAUUCCAAAUUGAGCUUCAGGAGAAUGAAUUUAAA